UGUACCAGACAGCUGCUGCUUGACCCACAGUCUCCUGGCCGAGAUAAGAACUCCUCGCGGUAUGGAUUACAGUGUCAAGCUGGUUCUGAUAGUGGUGGUGCUGCACCAGGCUUCCGCAUUGGCGAGGCGAGAUGGCAGUCUUCGGUGCUUGGAGUGUCAUGGAGCCGAUUCGCCUCUCGCCUGUAACAAGUGGGCGUUGUGUGGACAGGGAGAGGUCUGCUUCACCCAGGAAUUCACCGACAGCAACGGGAACCAGAAAUUCCGGAUGGGAUGUGAGGAAAAGACGAGAUGUGAUUUGUACUUGAAUGCCGAAGCCGUUCUCGGUAUCCUUGGCCGAAGGGAGAUAAAUGACCUUGACCUCGAUGAUGACCCUGCAGCCCCUCGACCUUGCUACCAGUGUUGUUCAGGGAGUGACUGCAACGACCGCCUGUGUCUAGAUUCUCUAGGGACACAGCCUGGGGUGGGGAACUCAGGAACUGGUGCCCAUACGUGUCCCCCGACGUUCAUCAGCGGCCCCCACAGCUGUUACUACAUCGCCAGCUGGGCAGUCACGUGGGCAAAGGCCAGACAGGAUUGCCAGAGGAGAGGGGCGGACCUUGUGUCGGUCAACUCACAGGAGGAACAAGCCUUCCUCGUCACACAACUCAAGCUUAUCAACUCGACGACUUACCCUUCGUACGGCUACUGGACCGGGGGUUACUAUGUGAUGGCGCUAGCGGAGUGGCACUGGGUCGACCUGUCCACUACCGCCUCGUACACCACAUGGGGGCCGGCUCAACCCACGUCCCCAUCCUACCCCUACAACUACCGGAUCGGCAUGGUGAACCCUAUCAAGUACCCGACCUUCUCCGGCUGGGCCUGGGAGAACUAUAGCUACACAACUGCUCUCGGGUUUAUUUGUGAACGUAGUUUUGUUUGAAGUGUUCAGAUUGUGCUGAAGUUGUGUUAAUAAAACAGGGAACUAUCAA